UUAAUUACCCAAAAAUAGUUAGGCGUCUGUCGUUGAUUUAUUUGAGGACUAAGCUACGUUCCAUUUAGUUUUUCAUUUUUCAGAUUUAUACCUUUGAUUCUGGAUAUGCCCACGUAGAAGGGGUGGAAUUUUUGUUGCAGGGGCACCACCAAGGCACAAGACAUGUAUGUCUGCACGCACGGAAUACAUUAUUCAAACUCACUUCCACACCGUUCAUUGCAUGCACAUUUUCGUAAACCAUUCGUGAACUUUUUACAAAUAUCUAUCAAAUUUUCUAUUUCAUCUGUUAAGUAGAAAGCAGGAGGGGUAAUCCUUUUCUAUUCUUGAGGAAAAAAAUCUAGAUUUAGAAAAAAGAAUCAUCUCAACGCUAACCAAUCAAUCACCGCUAUUUAUAUAUCGGACAACAGAAAACUGGACCAAAAUAAAAACAGGUCAGACCAUAGGGAGACAAGGUUGGUAUGGACACAAACAUCGUGAAGGUUAGCUUGGUUCCAACAAGGAAUGAGCCAAAGAUUUCCCAUGAGAUGCAAAUUCAGAAGAAACAUAGUUGCUUGCACACGCAUUACCAUUUCCUGAAAGUGAAACAAACAAAUGCAAUCUAGUUUCAAAACACAAUUGGAGAGGAUUUAAGACAUUGUUGGCUGUGCUGUUAAGAAAACGGAACAGAGAAUGAAGAGAGGAUAGGAUUCAAUAUAAGUAUCCUCUCUUGGUAACAGAAAACAAAGAGGCAUUUUGAUAAAAAAAAAAAAAUUUGGAAGAAAAGGUGAAGAUGAUGAUGGAAAAGAUGAGUGGGGGAGCUAUGGAAGAUGUAGCAAUAAUUGGAGGAUUGAUAGGAGUCCAAUUUAUCUACGCAGGGAAUGCUGUGUUGAUGAGUUAUUCUAUGUCACUGGGAUUCAGCUCUCUUACCAUUAUCAUUUUAACUUCUUUGGCAACAUUCCUUAUUCUAUUCCCCAUUGCUUUUUUUGUUGAAAGGAGUAACUGGCCCAAGCAUUGCAGUUUCAGAUUUAUUGCACAGCUAUUUUUUCUUUCAUUUGGAGGACUAAUCUUCCAGUAUUUAUUCCUCAAAGGAAUCAAUCUAACUUCGCCAGCAAUGGGAACUGCUAUGCCAAACAUUGCCCCAGGUCUUAUCUUCAUCAUCGCAUGGAUUUCUGGGUUAGAGAAAGUCAACUUAAGCAACAAGUAUAGCAAAGUAAAAAUAUUGGGAACAUUGCUUUGUGUGUUGGGCGCUCUCACAAUGAGCAUAAUGCAAAGCAUUUCUGAUCCUGAAACCGUGAAAAAUGCCACAGUCGAAUUAACACCGCCACUACCAUCUGGUCUUGCCUUUGACAUACAGAAGAUACUCGGUUGCCUCUAUCUCGUGGUUGCAGUCUUCAUUUUGUCAAGCAACGUUGUCCUGCAGGCUUUUGCUCUUGGAGAUUUUCCUGCACCCAUGUCCUUGGGUGCAAUAACGUCCUUGAUUGGGGCGUUCUUGACUGCAAUUUUUCAGUUUCUCGAAGACAACGAAAUGAAUUGGCUACUUGUGAGGUCUGGAGACUUGGUUGGCUUUUUUAUUCUGGCAGGAGCUGUGAGUGGAAUAUGCCUGAGCUUCAAUGGGUGGGCAUUGAAGAAGAAAGGGCCAGUGUAUGUCUCCAUGUUUAACCCAAUUGGUACAGUUUGCUCUGUUGUUUUCUCAGCAGUUACCCUAGAAGACACUAUUAGUAUUGGAAGUCUUGCAGGCAUGUUUCUCAUGUUCACUGGGCUCUACUUGGUUCUUUGGGCCAAAGGAAAAGAAGGACACGCAGGUGGAGAUGGCUUAGAGUAAUCUUGAAACAGCUGUUCCCUUUGACGUAUUGGUGACACAGAAUUCCCAAGAGCACAUUGUAGAAAGACAGAGGUCUCUUGGGUUUGAAGCAAUGACUCAUGAGUCAUGACACCGUUGUUGUUUUUCUUUCUUCUUUAUAAAAUCUCUAGGUCAUAUAUAUAUAGGUGCGACAUUUUAAGAUGCAAGUGAAGCAAAAUUUAACCCCUGGCUAGGUACAAGCAAAAAAAUAUCGUGACACUGCUCUGCUGUUGUUGGAUGUAAUUGAAUAAUAUAUCGAAAAAAACAUGUUGUGACAAGAUAGGUGGGUCGUUUGAAAGAUCUCACUGCUUGAAUCACAUUGUGUUGUAUAUAUAUCUAUGCUGUGUUGAUGUUGCUUAUGGUGACUUUCUGGUGAGAGUAUAAACCGGUUGGUGCGGCCAUAUAUGUACGAAUAGUUGAGGACAACACCUUUUUCUUCACGUCUUGGUCCUGGAUCCUCAUUAUUUUAGUUUAGAUUGCUCACUCUUAUCUGGUAAUCCAUGUGACUAACAUUUUUUGUAUCAAUACAAAAAGUUAAUUACGUUUCUAC